AUGAGAGCGUCUGCGAGGAAGGCUUACGGCGUCAGGCUUCUCCUUGGCCAGUUCGGGUCCUCAGCCACGCGAGGACCCCGCCCCGCCCCCGCGCCGAGGCUAACUCUCGCCCAGCUGACUGCCUGACGUCUGCACGGUCUCUCCGCGAUGCCGCUCUACGAGGGCCUGGGGAGCGGCGGCGAAAAGACGGCGGUCGUGAUCGACCUGGGAGAAGCCUUCACCAAGUGUGGAUUUGCGGGAGAAACUGGUCCACGAUGUAUAAUUCCUAGUGUGAUAAAAAGAGCUGGCAUGUCUAAGCCAAUCAAAGUUGUCCAGUAUAAUAUCAAUACAGAAGAAUUAUAUUCCUACUUAAAGGAAUUCAUCCACAUACUGUAUUUCAGGCAUCUGUUGGUGAAUCCCAGAGACCGCCGGGUUGUGGUUAUUGAGUCGGUAUUAUGUCCUUCCCACUUCAGAGAGACACUUACUCGUGUUCUUUUCAAAUAUUUUGAGGUUCCAUCUGUCUUACUUGCUCCAAGUCAUCUAAUGGCUCUCCUGACACUGGGGAUUAAUUCUGCUAUGGUCCUGGAUUGUGGAUAUAGAGAAAGCCUGGUGCUGCCUAUAUAUGAAGGCAUCCCAGUACUGAACUGCUGGGGAGCACUCCCCUUAGGAGGAAAAGCUCUUCACAAGGAGUUGGAAACUCAGCUGUUGGAACAAUGUACUGUUGACACUGGUGCUGCUAAAGGACAGAGCCUUCCCUCAGUGAUGGGUUCAGUUCCAGAAGGUAUCUUAGAGGAUAUUAAAGUGCGCACGUGCUUUGUAUGUGAUCUGAAGCGUGGACUACAGAUCCAAGCAGCAAAAUUUAAUAUUGAUGGCAACAAUGAGCGUCCCUCCCCACCCCCAAAUGUUGACUAUCCAUUGGAUGGAGAGAAGAUUUUACAUGUGCUUGGAUCAAUCAGAGACUCAGUUGUGGAAAUCCUUUUUGAACAAGAUAACGAGGAGAAAUCUGUCGCCACUUUAAUACUGGACUCCCUUUUGCAGUGCCCAAUAGACACCAGGAAGCAACUGGCAGAGAAUUUGGUAGUCAUAGGUGGCACAUCUAUGUUGCCAGGAUUUCUCCACAGAUUGCUUGCAGAAAUACGGUAUUUGGUAGAAAAACCAAAAUAUAAAAAGACACUUGGCACCAAGACCUUCCGAAUUCAUACUCCACCUGCAAAGGCUAAUUGUGUGGCCUGGCUGGGAGGUGCUGUUUUUGGAGCAUUGCAAGAUAUACUUGGGAGCCGCUCCAUUUCAAAGGAAUAUUAUAAUCAGACCGGCCGUAUACCUGACUGGUGUUCUCUCAACAACCCACCUUUGGAAAUGAUGUUUGAUGUUGGGAAGACGCAGCCACCACUGAUGAAAAGAGCAUUUUCCACCGAGAAAUAAAACUUUGAAUAAAUUGAGCCUUGCUUUAUUUCAAAUACUUAAUCAAUUAGAAAUAAAUUGUACAAAGUAUGUAGGAUGCUUUACUAUAUAUAGGUGACUUAUGUAACAAAGCAUUUCUGUAUUUUCUUUUUGCAUUAAUAUAUAAUUGCUCUCACUUUGUCUCUUGUGUAGUAUGAUAAAAUAGUGGACGCCUGUGAGAUAUGUUGUAUUUAUAUCAAUAAAAUAGAGUUAAGCUGUU